CUAAGAUACUCCCACAAGAGAAACCUUACGCUGAACAAUGUUCCCACCUCACAAUGACGCGCUUCUUCACCAAGAAGCUUCCAUGUGUUAUUUGUGGCGAAGCUUCCCCAAAUGGUUGGCUCUGGGCUUGCACCCAAGACCGCGAGAUGUACCUCGAGGAUGAAGAAGAGAAGGGUGUUGUGAAAAAGUUCGAUGCUCUCGACGACAUCUUCAAAGCCAAGUCAGGAAUCAGAAGUCCAAGUGCGCGACAGAGAAAGACGGGCUUCUGGCAAGAAGUUAAUGAUGCACAACUAGAGACGUACUCGUUCGACCAGGUUAGUAGGAUCCUCAAUCAGAGAGAGUUUCUGUUGCAGCAGGCUAGAAUCGCAACUCUUGGGAUCCAACAUGCUCCUUACGAAUGGUCCCAUGAUGCCAACGGAGACAUUAUAUGGUCCGAAAAGCCAGAAAGAGAGCCAGAUCCACCGCUGCUGCCAGGCCAAAAGCCAUGGUUGCCAGUCCUAGGAGGCGAGUGCAAGGUCAAGUUCUGCCAUACUUGUAAGCCACACAGCCGUGAGCGAUCAUGGCUCAGCCUUGGUGGUAUUGCAGAUGGAGAUCUUCCUCGUGAGGCUAUUCAUGGAUUCAGCUUCAGGUUUACGGGCCAGCGUACUGUUGCAUCUGCUCGAGUUGUUGCAAACCUUGGAUUACGUCCAAACCCUACGAAGGAAUUGAGACUCAUCCCAAACAACUAUUACAGGAAGCGUCGCUAUUAUCGUCCUGCCGCCAGCCGCUCUCCAUCACCAGCAGCUCAAGGCCUCGGUAUCUCGGGUCCUCAAAGUGAUCCUUCGUCGUCCCAGUCUCAAGUCAUUACCUCCCCCAGCACUGGCACCGCAUCCCGUGGACUUCCUACCUCAUUAUCCAUGCCAAAUUUCGUUCCCGAAGUUCCCGCCCGCAUGACUCCGCUGUCACCAACAAAUGGUUCUUUCCCACCACCUACCCCUUACUGGAGCGAUAUUCCCUUCCCACCAACUCCAACCUUGACUCGCCUACGCCCACCUUUCCGCCCCAUCUCAGGUGUUCUCAACAUCCCUCUUCCCACGCAAACCGAUGAGGAGAUCGAGACUAUUAGUCGACCAGGUUCUUGCCCUAAUGAUUCUGAAGCCGGUGUUCAGAUGGACGUCGCUGCUGCUGCUGAAGAAGAAGAGGAUUCCGACACUGCGUACUCGACUGCCCCAGAAGAUGGUUCCGAACUCACUGUAUUGACACCCAUGGAAGAAGCAGAACUGACCAACGGCGAAGGAAUCGGUUCGUUCAGCAGCGAGCCUCUAGAAGUCGAAGGAGGAGUUGCUGUUCUCGAGGAAAGUGUCGAGGAUCAUAUUCCGGACGUCAUCACUCAGUACUGAUCUGCCCAUCUCAAUUGUUGCUUUAUGCGGUUUAGGCGUUAGCGUUUCUUUCCUUCUUUUUUUCUGCUUUGAGGCUGAUGACUUACGUUUCAUGAAUGAUCGCGAUGAUUGGGGGAACCUUAAUGAUUGAUUUGUUGACAGCAUGAGGGAGCAUGGGUCGAAAGAAUACUUUCUCUUCGUGCAAUGCAAUGAAGUUGUAGGAUAGAUAAAUAGCUCGUUGAGAGCAUUCGAUGGCUUGCUCUUAUAUGCAAGCACAUCGACGGUGUAGGAAUAGAUGAAAG